UAAAAGCCUGGUGCGCCAGUUAGCAGCGCUGUGUGCUGGAGGAGGGAGGCAGCUGUUGCCAUUAUAAUAGCAGCCAGCUCUGAUACAUCAGCGGCUUCACCCUCCCUGGAAGAAAAAAAAAAAAAAAAAAAAAAAAACGAGAGGAAGAGGAAGAAGAAGAAGAUGAGUCCGUCGACAGCUUCUUAAGAAGAAAAAAAAAACAUACACGAAACUAGAAAAUAGAUCGGGGGGGAAAAGUUAAAUCAAUGGUACAGAAAAGUAGUAUGUCCAGGACGCCUUCGACCUCAACCCAGGAGAUCCAAAUGGACAUGUUCGACCAUCAUCCACACACACAGGGAAAGUACGCCAAGAGGAAGAGCCGGUUUAAGCGCUCGGACGGAAGCACCUCCUCUGACACCACCUCGAACAGCUUCGUCCGACAGGGCUCUGCAGACUCCUACACCAGCCGGCCGUCGGACUCAGACGUGUCCCUGGAGGAGGACCCUGAGGCUCUGAGGAAGGAGGCCGACAGGCAGGCCCUCGCCACACUCGAGAAAGCAAAGACCAAACCAGUGGCGUUUGCUGUGCGGACAAAUGUGGGUUACAACCCCGGCCCCAGCGAUGACGUUCCCGUGCAGGGCAUGGCCAUAUCCUUCGAAGCCAAAGACUUCUUGCACAUUAAAGAGAAGUACAACAACGACUGGUGGAUCGGACGUCUGGUGAAGGAGGGCUGUGAGGUGGGCUUCAUCCCCAGCCCGGUCAAACUGGAGAACACCCGCCUGCUGCAGGAGCAGAGGAUGAGACAGAACCGACUCAGCUCCAGUAAAUCUGGAGGCAGUUCCAGUCUGGAUGUUGCCACGGGAACGCGCAGGCCCACUCCACCUGGCACAGCUCACGUGGACAUGUCCAACGUGUCCUUUGACGUUGACCCCCUCGACCUGGAUGCUGAGGAGCCCCCUGAGUUCCAGGGUGACACUCGCUCCUCCAAGGGCAUGUCAGGCAGCGUCACGUCCCCUCAGGCCAACACCCACCGACUGCCCUUCUUUAAGAAGAUGGAGCAUGUCCCGCCCUAUGACGUGGUCCCCUCCAUGAGACCCAUCAUCCUCGUCGGGCCGUCACUCAAAGGAUACGAGGUGACAGACAUGAUGCAGAAAGCGCUCUUUGACUUCCUGAAACACAAGUUCGAGGGCAGGAUAUCCAUCACGCGGGUGACGGCGGACAUCUCUCUGGCCAAACGCUCGGUCCUUAACAACCCGAGCAAACACACCAUCAUCGAACGCUCCAGUACCCGCUCCAGCCUGGACGUACUGGCGGAGGUGCAGAGUGAGAUCGAGCGCAUCUUUGAGCUGGCCCGCACCCUCCAGCUGGUCGCUCUGGAUGCAGACACCAUCAACCACCCGUCUCAGCUGGCAAAGACCUCCCUGGCUCCCAUCAUUGUCUAUAUCAAAAUAGCCUCACCCAAGGUCCUCCAGAGGCUCAUCAAAUCCCGGGGGAAGUCCCAGGCUAAACACCUAAAUGUGCAGAUGGUGGCAGCAGACAAGCUGGCCCAGUGCCCUCCUGAGCUAUUCGACAUCAUCCUGGAUGAGAACCAGCUGGAGGACGCCUGCGAGCACCUGGCUGACUACCUGGAGGCGUACUGGAAGGCAACGCACCCGCCGAGCAGCAACCCUCCCAACCCUCUGCUCAACCGCACCAUGGCCACGGCAGCCCUGGCCGCCUCCCCCGAGCCCGUCUCCAACCUGCAGGUACAGGUGCUCACCUCCCUGCGCAGAAAUAUGGAUCUGUGGCCUGACAUGGACGGUGCUGUAGCGGUUGAGGGGAAAGAUGAAGAACAUGCUGUCUGAAGUCCAGCGGAGCGACGGAUGGGGGGUAGUGGGA